GCCAAUAGAUAAAUAAAGAAGUACAGUAAUUUUUUACACGGUUUAAGAUAUACAUAUAUAUACGUAUCCGUUGUUUUUUAUGCAUUAUCAGCCAUCAAACAGAUAUAAAUUCUGUAAUGUCGUUUGUCUAUCAGGGCCUGAUAAUCAGGCAUUCAAGCUAUCUGUUGCUAGCUGAAAGCGGAACGUGCACAAUUAAAUAUUAAUCGUAAAACUAUGAAAUAUACCAAAUAUUUUAACUGUUUUUUAUUUUAAAUAGCCAACUAUCGGAAAGCCAACAGUUAUGGCUCCUAAAAAGAAAGUUUACAAUGGCUAUUCAGUAUUCAUGAUGGAGACUCGACAGAAAUUAAUGAAUCAAGGGGUUAAAGUAAGCAUGGCUGAUAUGUCAGAGUAUUGCAAAAAAGAUUGGGAAGAAAUGCCUAAAGAGAUGAAAGAAAAGUAUAAUUUAAAAGGCAAAAAGAUGAAAAAUGAAGCAAAAGUAGGCAAAUAUACUUCAAUUGGUGAAAAUAUAGAAGACGUUAAAAAACAAUCAGAUGAGAGUAAAUCACAAAAAGAUGCUAUGUACUCAUAUAUAGAUGUAUUGCUUAGCAUGCAACCAGCCAGCUAUUAUCUUCCCAAGCAAAAAUUUAUUUUGAUUCAUAUAAACUCUUAUACAUGCGAGAAAGAAGGAUUUUAUUUUCCUGCCGAAAUAUCCAUGGCUGAGUUUUCUUUAGAAAAAGGCUUGAUACGCAUGUUUCAUCAGCUAGUUGGAUUUGAUCAAGUCAGGACAAAUGCUCCGCGAGCUCCUACAGCAGAUAUUAACAAUCAUGCUGCUAACAAUCAUAAAAUAAACGUAUUCUCAAUGUUUCCCAAUAAUUACUCAGAAAUAUUAUUAAAAAUGAUUGGUUUUAUAAUGAACAAAGAAGUUGAUGUAUCUGUUCUGAAUGACUUAGCAUUAGACAUGCCACCAGUCUAUACUGCACAUACACCUAUUGAAAAUGAACUGAUGAUUACUAGUACAAGUUUAUCCAAGUUAUUCGCUAGUGCAGUAAGGGAUGCUGGAAGAACUGAUUUCACUGAUAUUAUUAGGGUUUACCAUUUGGAUAAACUAUUUAUGAAACUAAAAAAUGCAUGUUAUAAAGUUAAACAUCCAGAUACAGAUGAUUUAGCUUUACCUUCUGUUGCUAUGGCUACCGAUAGUUUAUCAAAAGAUGUGUUAAGUACAAUUAAAACAAUUGGUUGUAAUUUUCAUGAAAAACUUGAACACAUUCAUGGUUGUAGUAACUAUUUUGUAUGUAAGUGGAUAAACAUUUUAUCAGCUCAUUGUUGUCGCUAUAUUGACAUAGAACUUGUAUCUGGUUGUCAUUAUAAUUUUGAUUUAUCAAAAACAGAGAGUCCAUUUGAAGAACAUUUUGAUAAAAUGAAUAUUUCUAAUUUUGCUGCAAAUUAUUCAGAUAAGGAAAUAAAUAAACCGAACACUUUAGAGGCCAAUAGUUUCCCAGCGCUUGAAGGUAAAUUAGCGACUGUUAUUCAAAAACCAAUAUGGAAUAAGCCAGAAUAUAAAGCAAAUACAAAUAGCAAAACUAUUACAAAUAAAGAAGACAACUUUCCUCCCCUUGGUGAUUCGAAAAGUAUUCAAAUAAACGCUCCUGUACCAGUAAUAAACAGCUGGUGUAAGAAUGCAGGUCGUGGCAGAGGUAUUAUUAGCCAAGUUCAAAGUAUUAACCAAAACCAAUUAAAUGCAAACUCAAAGCUAACAUCCAAAGGAAGAGGACUUUCUUCUGAUAGAAAUAAGUAGUGUAGACAUAAUAGUUAUUAAAUCAUUCAUUACUACAUUUUUUAAUAUUAAUUAAUUUCUGUCAUUUAAAACUGGUUAUUUUAAUGCAAUAAAGAUUAGGAAACUCAUGCAUAGAUAUGUAUUGAAAUUUUACAAAAAAAAAAAAAUGUAUUAAUAUUAAUAAACAUUAUUGCAAAUCAAUAAAUAAAGGCAAAUUGUGUAGAAACAUAAUAAUACUACCUGUGUAAA